AUGAGUGAGCCAAACAUUGCGGGGAACUUCACUGAAGCCCACAACUGUGUUAAGAUGACUGACAUUAUUGUCUUGUCUAAAGCGAUUAAGAAGAUUCCUGGCUUGAUUACUUUGGAGUCUUUGACUUUUGUUAAGAAUUUUUUCGUGAAAGAUGAUGAUAUUUUCUUGGUGACCUAUCCAAGAUCAGGAACACACUGGAUGAUUGAGAUAGUCUGUCUCAUUCUCUCUGAAGGGGACCCUACUUGGGUUCAAACUGUUCAAAAUCAUACCAGGUUUCCAUGGUUUGAAUAUGAAGAUUCACAGAAAUUACUGAUGGACCAGAACAGACCACAUCUCAUUGUUACACAUCUUCCCAUACAACUGUUUCCCAACUCUUACUUCACAUCCAGGGCUAAGAUUAUUUAUAUCAUCAGGAAUCCAAGAGAUGUUGCUACAUCUCUUUAUCAUAUACAAAACCAGGCACCUAAGAUCAAGGGUCGAUGGACUUUUGAGGAAUUUCUUCAUGCAUUUACCAAUGGUGACUUGACUUAUGGAUCUUGGUUUGAUCACACUCUUGGAUGGUUGACAAGACGAACCACUGAGAACUUCCUUCUAAUGUCCUAUGAGGAGCUACAAUGGGAUCUCAGAGCCAGCAUACAAAAAGUGUGUCGACUUUUGGGCAAACAUCUGAGUCCAGAGCAACUUGAAUCUGUUGUUCGAUAUGCAUCCUUUUCAGUCAUGAAGGAAAAUAAGAUGUCCAAUACUAUGAUGCUAAAGAUUUCAGAAGAUAAGCCUGCCUUCCUUUUGCGAUUUGCUGAGAAAGGGUGA